AUGCAUCGGCCGGCCCGACAGGCUGGCCCAGCCUUCUGGGAUCAGUCCUGUUCUGUGUCCCAGCCUUCUGGAUCUCAGUCCUGUUCUGUGUCCCAGCCUUCUGGGAUCAGUCCUGUUCUGUGUCCCAGCCCUCUGGGAUCAGUCCUGUUCUGUGUCCCAGCUUCUGGGAUCAGUCCUGUUCUGUGUCCCAGCCUUCUGGGAUCAGUCCUGUUCUGUGUCCCAGCCUUCUGGGAUCAGUCCUGUUCUGUGUCCCAGACCUCUCUGGGAUCAGUCCUGUUCUGUGUCCCAGCCUUCUGGGAUCAGUCCUGUUCUGUGUCCCAGCCUUCUGGGAUCAGUCCUGUUCUGUGUCCCAGCCUUCUGGGAUCAGUCCUGUUUCUGUGUCCAGCCUUCUGGGAUCAGUCCUGUUCUGUGUCCCAGCCUCUCCUGGGAUCAGUCCUGUUCUGUGUCCCAGCCCUCUGGGAUCAGUCCUGUUCUGUGUCCCAGCCUUCUGGGAUCAGUCCUGUUCUGUGUCCCAGCCUUCUGGGAUCAGUCCUGUUCUGUGUCCCAGCCUUCUGGGAUCAGUCCUGUUCUGUGUCCCAGCCUUCUGGGAUCAGUCUGUUCUGUGUCCCAGCCUUCUGGGAUAGUCCUGUUCUGUGUCCCAGCCUCUGGGAUCAGUCUGUUCUGUGUCCCAGCCUUCUGGGAUCAGUCUUGUUCUGUGUCCCAGCCUUCUGGAUCAGUCCUGUUCUGUGUCCCAGCCCUUCUGGGAUCAGUCUACGUUCUGUGUCCCAGCCUCUGUGGAUCAGUCCUGUUCUGUGUCCCAGCCCUCUGGGAUCAGUCCUGUUCUGUGUCCCAGCCCUCUGGGAUCAGUCCUGUUCUGUGUCCCAGCCCUCUGGGAUCAGUCCUGUCAGUCCUGUUUCUGUGUCCCAGCCCUCUGGGAUCAGUCCUGUUCUGUGUCCCAGCCCUCUGGGAUCAGUCCUGUUCUGUGUCCCAGCCCUCUGCACUCUAAUGAAGCCACGUCAGGUUGAGAGAACGGGAGUGUAUCUGCCAAGACAGUGA